AUGGCGCUGGCUGCUGUUCGCGAGACAUGCGAACACAUGGCGGCGACGAUGCAGUCAACGGGCCAGGUCGACGCGCAGCAAGCCAAGAACCUCUUGCUCUCGAGGCGCGUCCAGAUCGGUACGAUUGUGAACAUGAAGGUGUCGGGGCUCUCGCACGCCCCGCGCACGGCGGCGAGGCAGAACACUCAAUCUUGCUUGUUUUUCCACCGCUACAUGACCCGCACCAUGUGGGACGCAUUCAGAGAUCAGGUUACGCCGUGGGACCACGCCCAGUCCAUGAUCCUGAACCGCAUGGGCGACAUUGGCCUCGUGAACCCGAGCGAGCUGACGCUCGUUCACAUAUGGGCCGUGUUCAUGGUUGCGAAGCACCCCGAGGGCGCUCAGAUCAAGCCAGACCCGAUGGAAGCCCUCCAUCGCAAGAACCAGCUCAAAGAUGCAAUUGCCCUCUAUCGCAGGCGCGUGCCGAGGGCCCCGCACCACGGCGUGGUCGCCGACUACCCCGCGGACCCCGACAACUUGCAGAGCACUCACCCUGCCGUGUACAAUGCCGCAUUCUCAGUGACCUUACCGCCGUGCCCGUGCCCCAUCCACGAAGGGAAGAUUACCGCGGCGAGGGUUGCGAUGCCGUGCAGGCGCAGCAGUUCGUUGGUUUCCACCCCUGCAGUCGUCAGGCAGCCGCGCGGGGCGAGGCAGCUCGACGCCGCGGCGCAGCAGAUGUUCGCGUUCGAUCGUGGCGACGCGGGUUCAAUCCCAGGCCUGCACAUCUAUGGGCAUCCCAGGCCGACGCCGAUGGGGUCGUGGAUGCCCGCGGUGCAGCACAUGCUCCCCGCGCCGCCAACGAGCCCGAGCGGCGGCGUCGGCGGCGGGGGCCCAGACGGUUUGCCGCCAGCGGCGGCAGCUUCGCCGACGGGCGCCUCUGCGCCAGCGGCGGCAGCCUCGCCGACGGGCGCCUCUGCGCCAGCAACGGCGGCCGCGCCGACGGGCGGAGGCGCGGGGGCGGCGGCGGCUGCGGGGGCGCCUGUGGCAUCCGUGGACGAGAUGCUCGAGCACUUCGGCGACGUGAUCGGAAAUGGCAAGGGCAAACCCCCCAUGAAGGCGGCAGCAACCAAACAGACCCCUAUGAAGGCUAUGAAGGCGAAGACCCCGAUGAAGACGAAAAAGGUGAUAAGCAAAACGACCCCGUCUCCAAUGAAGGCGAACAAAUCGAAGCCAUCCCCCGUGAUCGUAGCCUCGGCGUCUGCCUUGCGCUUCCCUGGCGUGCCGACCAAGCCCGUGGCACUGUGGGCCGUGUCAACGGCCAUGCGGUUCUACACGGCGGUUCCAGCCAUGAAGUGGCGUGUUCUGCGCAACGGCCAGAGGGUCGACUCCGCCUUCAGCUGGAAAAUCGAUGCCAGGAAAUCGUGGAGGGCCCUGGUCCAGCAUGUGAAGGACGGCAAGUGA